AUGUCCCACGCAAGCGAAGCACAAGCGGGUAUCCUUAGGCCCAUGUUCUGGGCUCAUGUGUCCACAGACGAUGCAGGCUUCUCUAGCAUUCUGCACAUGCGGGAGUCUGCUCACCUAUCUUCUAACGAGCAGAGUCACGGCCCAAUCUCGACUGCGAGCUCUAUAUCCAGUACGAGGUCAAGCCAUUCUCAUAGCGAGUCAAUCGCCUCAACUUGUUCAACGGUCUCGACAGACAUUACAGCCUCAUCGCUCGAGAGCUCUGAAACAGAAUAUCCAGUCCAAAUCAGAAUCCAGCAAACACCACAAAAACGCAAGCCAGUACUGCGAAGAUGCUGGUCACCCAUCACUGAGAGCUUACGCGAAAUACGACAGAGGCAAUCCGAAGAAGACCUGCGCAAUUUGUACGAAGCGCAGACUCUGGCAUAUCUGAACGAUGCGAUCCAAUUCUGA